UUGACUCCAUUUUGGCUUAUGCUACAAGAUGACUGAAAAACUGGGGAAAAAGAUGGAUGAUAUGAAGCAAGGAGAUGAUCCUAAGCAGGCCAUCGUGGACUUUGACCUGUUAGAGAUGGGAGUUGAUGGACAUAUGGAAGUUGUUCCUUCACAAGGCAAGAACAGGCAGUGGCUAAUGAGUACAUUACCAGUUGGGUUACCUCCAGUGAUGCCCAACGAUCGCAAGAAACUUGAAGAAUUCCUAACAAAGCCAGAAAGUCUCCCAAUACAUGACCUGAACAGAGCUCAGAGGUUUUGGCCCAGAGAAGCUGUGCCCUCCAGAUUGUAUCAUAUUGAAGAAACGGCCCCACAAACAAACAUAUCUGUAGACAGACACCCUACAUCUGGCAAACUAAUAGGAUAUAAAGAGGAAGCUGUACUGAAUAUGAGCGAUACAGCCAAGAAUUCAUUAUCAUUGAAGCGUGCACCAGGCCCUCCUGAUCAAGGAGUGAAGGGAAGUUCAACAAAUUUCCCAUUUUGGCCUGGUGGUCUUACUGAACCAGAUAUUGAGCAGCUUACAACUGUUCAAGAUGACGAACUCUUGGAUUUCAAAGACCUUCUCAGCACUCCACCAGGUUUUGCUUCUGGUGUUGAAUUCGCAAGAACUCCCAAGCCAGUUGAAAUACCUUCAGCACCAGUAGAGGUCCCUACUGAGCUAAAUAUUGCUGAUAUCCUUGCACUCGAUGAUCUGGAGUUUAGUGGAGAAAGUGAUGAAGAAGAUGAGAUAAAUGAUGAAGAAGAUGAUAAGAAGAUGAGUGGAGAUAAUGUUGCUGAUGCAGAGAUUGAUGAACUUGUUAAGGGUGAUACACCAACAACAGUAGAGAGAAAGAAGCAAGAGCCAAAGGAAGAAUGGGUCAUUCCAGUUGAUAUCAGCACCCCUGUAGAUGAUUUCCAUAAACGCAUACCUGAUAUGGCAUACAAGUGGCCUUUUGAGCUUGAUGUGUUCCAAAAACAGGCAAUUCUAUGCUUAGAGAAUCAUGAUAGUGUGUUUGUGGCGGCACACACUUCAGCUGGAAAGACUGUUGUAGCGGAAUAUGCCAUUGCGCUCUCUAUGAAACACAUGACAAGGACAAUUUAUACCUCCCCCAUCAAGGCCUUAUCCAAUCAGAAGUUCCGUGACUUCAAAGUGACAUUUGGAGAUGUUGGGUUGAUAACUGGUGAUGUACAGAUUCAUCCAGAGGCAGCUUGUCUCAUUAUGACAACAGAAAUAUUAAGAUCUAUGCUGUACAAUGGAUCAGAUGUGAUCAGAGAUUUAGAGUGGGUGAUAUUUGAUGAGGUGCAUUAUAUUAAUGACUCUGAGAGAGGUGUUGUAUGGGAGGAGGUGCUUAUUAUGUUGCCCCAGCAUGUCAAUAUCAUCAUGUUAAGUGCAACUGUACCCAACACCAUGGAGUUCGCUGACUGGGUAGGGCGUAUCAAGAAAAAAAGAAUGUAUGUGAUAAGUACUACCAAGAGGCCUGUACCUCUGGAGCACUACCUCUACACUGGGAACAGCACAAAAACAAGCAAUGAACUAUUUCUUAUUCUUGACUCUACAAGGCAAUUCAAACAAACUGGUUAUUACAAGGCACUUGAUGCCAAGAAAGAGCGGGCUAGCAAGUCUUCCCAGAGUUACGGGGCUAAAGGCACACGUGGGGGCAACCCAAUGCAGGACAAGAAUAUUUGGCUCUCAGUGAUAGACAUGCUAAAGAAAAAAGAUAAGAUGCCGACAGUGGCUUUCACAUUCUCCAAGAAACGAAUUGAGGAAAAUGCCAACCAUUUGAGGAGUGUAGAUUUGACCACUGCAAGUGAAAAAAGCGAGGUUCAUAUAUUUUUCCAUCGCUGUGUCUCUAAGCUUAAGCCAGAAGACCGAGACUUGCCUCAGGUAACUAGAAUGUGUGACCUGUUGAAGAGAGGGCUAGGAAUCCACCAUAGUGGAAUAUUACCAAUUCUGAAGGAAGUGGUGGAGAUGCUGUUUCAAAGAGGCCUAGUAAAGAUUCUUUUUGCGACUGAGACAUUUGCAAUGGGAGUGAAUAUGCCAGCAAGGACUGUUGUGUUUGACUCGAUACGGAAACACGACGGCACCAACUUUAGAGACCUUUUACCAGGGGAGUACAUCCAAAUGGCAGGAAGAGCUGGUAGGAGGGGCUUAGAUACUACUGGAACUGUAAUCCUCUUGUGUAAAGGAGAUGUACCUGAGAUGGCUGAUCUGCAUAACAUGAUGUUGGGUAAGCCCACUAAACUAGAAUCUCAGUUCCGCUUGACAUACUCCAUGAUUCUAAACCUGCUCCGUGUGGAACAGCUACGAGUUGAAGACAUGAUGAAAAGAAGUUUCUCUGAGUUCCAUGCACAGAAGGAUAUCACCAAAAAUCAAGAGCUUCUAGAGGAGACCAGGCAGAAACUAUAUAAGAAGGAAGAUGUGCAAUGUUUCAUAUGCGACGAAGACUUAAAGCAAUACUUCACGGCUUGUCGCGAUUACAAACAACUUCGUCAACAUAUCCAGAAAAUUGUCCUCAAUCAUCCGAAUGCUAUAAAAGCUCUUGCUCCAGGAAGGGUCGUGAUUUUAAGUCUUCCGAUUCAUGACAGAAUCCUUGGCCUGGUGCUACAGACUCAUAGUGGGAAAAAAGAGCGAACAUUUAGUAUUCUUAUACUUUGUAAUAAAAGUGAUUCAGAUGUUAAGUUAUCUGAUAAAGAAAUUGAUCUCGAUAGUGAAACUGUACGACCGAUUCUUGACAAUAAACUUUUCAUGCCAGAGGGAGCUACUGGUCACAAAAUGGUGGAAGUGAAAUCAGGAAAUAUUUCAGUGAUAACAACAAAAACGCUCAAAAUAAAUGCUGAAAGAAUUAUCAAUGAUUUUAAAAAGCGAGAACAGCCUCGAUUUAAGAGUGACCCUCCAGGACAGGCAGUUACUAUAGCAACUCAGGAGUUACUGCGCUUGACAGAGGGGAAUCCAGAUGGCCUUCCUGGUUUGGAUCCAGUCAACGAUCUCAAAUUACGUGACAUGGAUCUUGUAGAGAAAUUCUUAGCACUCAAACAAAUGGAGGGAACAUUUGGAGGAUAUAGCUGUACAAACUGCUCACUGUUCAACCAACAUUUUGCUCAAGUCUGUGAGAAUAUGAUUUUGGAAGAAAAGAUGCGUGAGAUCAAGUUUCUCUUAUCUGAUGAGAGUCUGUCUUUACUGCCUGAAUACGAGCAGAGAGUACAGGUGCUAAGAUCGCUGAAAUAUAUUGAUGAGAACAACACUGUCCAGCUCAAAGGACGUGUAGCCUGUGAAAUCAGUAACCAUGAACUUCUCAUAACUGAGCUUGUAUUUGAGAACGUUCUCACAAGUCUUCAUCCUGGUGACAUCGCAGCCUUGUUGUCAUGUGUUGUGUUUGAGCAGAAGAAUUGUAGCGCUGCAAACAUGUCUGCAAGUAUUGAAGAGGGAGUUGAGAAAAUCAAGAAGAUUGCAGAGAACAAUGGUAUCAUCCAAAAACAAUGUGGACUCACUGAACCAGUGGAAGACUAUGUUAAGAGACUAAACUUUGAACUCACUGAAGUUGUCUUUGAAUGGUCCAGAGGCAUGAAAUUCUCAGAUAUAACUGACUUAACUGAUGUACAAGAAGGAAUCAUUGUACGCUCAAUUCAGCGCUUAGACGAAGUCUUAAGAGACGUUCGAAAUGCGGCCAGAAUAAUCGGUGACCCUGUAUCGUACCAGAAAAUGGAAGAAGCCUCAAGAUUAAUCAAGAGGGACAUUGUAUUUGCAGCUAGUCUUUAUACCCAAUAGUCUUGCAUCAAGAUUUUGCCUCCCCCCACUAACACAUACACACUCUACAUAAUAUGGAUUUGGACCUUGAGGGCGUGGGCCAGAGGUUUAAAGCAAUAUAAUGAAACCUGUAAAGUGGAACACCUCUUUUAGUGGAACACUUUUCAGC